AUGCAGAACGACGCGUUAAAUGUAGCGAAGAGCAUCCUGCUUGUCGCCGGUGCACAUCAACCGGCCGCAUUUGUGAUGGCUACAGAGAGUCGGCCAAUCCGCUCUCAUCUAGCCAGACAAGCUCGCCAUCCAAUGAACUCACAAGAGCUAUUAUAUGAGCGACGCUCGUUCCAAUUUUUCUUACUGAAAACUGCUCCGCAGCUUGCCGGCGAUUUCGAGUGUGCCUUCUGGGAGCGCUUGUUGCUGCAGACCGUGCACCACGAACCAGCCAUCCGCCAUGCCACGGUUGCCUUGGGCUCGCUACAUGAGGAAUUUCAGCGCAAUCCAGGUGCUCCGCUUAGCUCUGGUCCAUUCUCCUCACGGAGUACCUUCGCCUUGCACCAAUACCUGCGUGCUAUGCGCUGUUUAAUGCCUCAACAUGGCAACUCGCAGCCUAUUGAUGUCUGUUUAAUGUCCUGUAUUCUUUUUGCUUGCUUCGAGGCCAUGCGAGGCCACUACGGUUCAGCCAUCACGCAUAUCACUGGUGGACUAAAGAUUCUUGGAGAGCUUCGAAAUAACAAGUUCAGAGCUUCUACGGCUUUGAAUUUGGGUCGUAACCCCUAUAUCUCUGUGGAAGUAUUAUGCGGACUUUUCACCCGCCUCGAGGCGCAGAGCAGUGUGUCUUCCAACCGAAUCAGCACAGCGGGGAUCGACCUUUGGCCUGAACUGGUCAUCGACCUUUCCCGACCUGUCGUAUUCCACUCGUUGGCUGAUGCGCGCGAAAUGCUCGAGGUCUACACUUAUCACCACCGACAGCAUCUAGCGGAACUACGAGAGUUAAGCAGACAGGGGAAGUCAACUGCUGCCCCGAAAUUUUCCGCUCUCCGCGAUACGUCCCUCUCCCUUGUAGCGUACUGGGCUACUGGUCUAGACGAAUUUUUGGACGCUCACAGCGCCUCCCUUACAGACCGCGAGCGGCGUGGUGCUGCUGUUCUCCAAUUACGCAAGAUUGAGUGUUUCAUCAUGCUAGAUACCCUUCGCCCGGAAGGCGAGCUCGAUCCCGGCGAAAACAUCCAGUGGGAUAGGUACUACUCUGCGUUUGAACAGAUGGUGAUCCUAGGCGAGUCUAUCGUCGAAUUUUCCUCUUCGUUACCUUCCUCAUCCCAGAAAACCUUUUCGCUCGAUCUCAGCAUCAUAGCAGCCAUGUUUAAUGUUGCCUCGCGGUGCCGUGACCCACAUAUUCGACGUCGUGCUAUACGCGUGCUGCGAACUGCUGCUGUUCAGGAAGGAGUAUGGAACAGUGGAUUUGUGGCGACUAUCGCAGAAAAAUGGAUUGAGAUUGAAGAGGAGGGCCUGGGCGUGGUGAACAGCCAUGAAGACGUGCCUGUAUCUGCGCGGUUAUCACAUUUCCUUCCGGUCUUCGAUGUGGAUCAGCCCAGUGCGUUGAUCCAACGACUGUACGAAGAGAAGUAA